AUGUUUUUGGUAAGCACAAGAUUGAGAACUCCUUCUUUGAGCCGAAUCCUUUUAUCCUUCGACAAAAGAGACACACUUUCAGCGGCCCUAACUUCCAAAGACCCCAAAUUCGAACCUGACAAAAAUCUUCCAAAAGCACAAAAAGCAUAUUCCAGAAGUAGGAUUUGGAGAUCAAUUAAAAGCAUAUUCAUAAGGAAAUAUAAUUGGAUGUCUUACUUAACAGGAUUUAUGAUAGUCUCAACAAUCUUAAUGUCAUUCAAUCUUAAAAACAAAAAAUCCAAAGACCAAAUUUUCCAAGAAACAGAUGAAAGCAAGCUCACAAGGUCACAGAAAAAGGUUAAGCAAGAAUUAGAAAAAGAGUACCAGAAUUUCAACACCUUAUUAGACGCUGCUGAAGAGCAACUCAAAAAAGAGCACCAAAAGCAGCUGGUUGACCUCCAAGAAUAUGUUGAAGCUAAAGCUAAAAAGCCCACUUCUAUUUAA